AACACGCAAGCAAACCACAAAGUGCAAGGCAAGGUAAACGGAGCGAAAUGUCAUGCUUGGCAUAGUUGAAGAUAAAUGAUAAACAAGUCAAAAAUUUCUCUGUGUUGUUGAAAUUUGAGUUUGAGGGGAUCAGUUACAGUAAAUUUUACAAUGCUUCGGUGGUGGGAGAAUGAUGAUGAUUAUCGGUCUGGUGCAGCACUGAGCAAGGAUAGAGAAGAGUAUGUGAAGGAGUUACAGGAUCAGUUACGGCAAGAGGAGUCGUUGGCUGGGGAAGGUCCACUGAGGAAAUGGAGGUUCAGAGUUUCAGCAGAAACUUCUACUGGGGAAACUGUUUGCAUCACAGGAGGUUCCAGAACCCUCGGCCAUUGGAACAGCGAGAAGGUGUUGCCCAUGAAACAAGAAGAGGAUCAUGUUUGGACCUGCGUCACUUCAGUUCCUUUUCAGAAGGAUGUGGAGUACAGAUAUUGUGUUUGUAUAAUGCUGGAGCCUGAUCCUGCGCGACAGAAUAGCAGGCAAGUCAUCGUCCGUCGAUGGGAAACGAAUCGCUAUCCUCGAAAAAUAGAAGGCGGUGUGGAAUCAAAUAUCAGUAGGAUGGAUGCUGAACCAGAAACAUUUGGCUUCUAUCAAAAGUGGGAGAGGGUAGAGCGAGGAUGGUUGACUUCAGAGACUGCUAUACAGAUCAAGCUUUUCAACCAGCCAAUUGAAAUGUGGAAACCAAAGUUAAAAAAUAGGCCAAUUUAUGUUAAGUUAACACCAGUGAAUUUAACCAAAGCUAACACAAACUCAAGGCCAGAAAUGAGCCCGACUGCGCUUGACGAGACACUUAGCCUUGAAACGAUGGAUUUAGCUGAUAAGCAAGUCACGUGGCCCAUCGUAGAAGUUGCUGUGAUGAAUGAAGCAGAGAGAGAGUUCCAUCCACAAGAACAAUUUGGAAGAGUCGUCAAAGAAAAUGAUUUUAUAAUGUUCCAAAUUUUAAUGCACAACCCAGAGACCGUUGCAUACCUGAUGGACUUCUAUGCGUACGGGAGUAAUGCAGCUGAAGGCGAACCACCGUAUCACGUUGGCUUCAGCUACAUUCUGCCGAGUGUUAUGAAAGGCAGCGAAGGCCAAACUGUCGCUCCCAUCACGAGUACUCGGCAACGACCCAUCGGACAGAUCACUGUGGAGUACCUUGUUGUGAAGCCCGUAGCCAAUGUUCAAUGCGACAUGCAGACUUCCAUGCAACGAGAGUGGAAGGAAACGUGGCGGGGAUUGGACGUGGGGCAUCGCGGGGCUGGCUCUUCCUUCAAGUGUGAAAUCAAACAAUGUGCGGAUGUGAGAGAGAACACGAUUGCUUCCCUCAAGUCAGCUGCCUCGUACGGAGCUGAUUUUGUUGAGUUUGAUGUCCAACUGUCUAAAGAUUUGGUACCUGUUUUAUAUCACGACUUCUACAUUUGUAUUUCAAUGAAGAAGAAGAACAAUGGAGCUGGUGACUCUGACAUGCUGCAAAUGCCGGUCAAAGACCUAACGUUGGAACAGCUUCACUUGUUAAAGGAUCAUAGUGUGCCUCCUCAAAGUUUGUUACACUUUUGUGAUUGUAACUCUAACGUGGUUUAUCAUCUAGAAGAGGGCCGCAGCAAAAACUUGAGAUUCUUUGAUGACGAUCAAGAAGACCACCAGCCGUUCCCUACCCUGAAGCAAGCUCUAGAGGUUCUGGAACCUACAGUUGGCUUCAACAUUGAGAUCAAGUGGACCAUGAAACUCAAGGAUGGAACUUAUGAACUCUACCAUCCAUUCGACUUGAACCUCUAUCUGGACACAGUGCUGGAGGUGGUCUUGAACCACGCUGGAUCUCGGCCAAUUGUCUUUUCUUGCUUCCAUCCCGACAUUUGCUCAAUGAUUCGUCUAAAGCAGAAUAAGUACCCAGUAAUGUUUCUGACACAAGGAAUCACCAGCAAAUACCCUCCGUACCAUGAUGAGAGGUGCCUCACGGUUCCCAUGGCCGUCCACUUUGCUGUAAGCUUAGGAAUAUUGGGGAUCAACGCUCACACCGAGGAUCUGCUGAGGGACCAGUCACAAGUGUCGCUUGUCAAACAGGCCGGACUGGUGUUGUUCUGCUGGGGAGACGACAACAACGACUUGGACACCAUCAAACGACUCAAGGAUCUUGGUCUGCACGCCAUCAUCUACGACAAGAUUGAUAAAUUCGGAUCAAAAGUGAUCAAGGAAAGCAUAUUUCGACUUGAAGCCAGGGAAUCAGAGCGAUGUGUGAUCAGAGCUGUUGCUGAACAGGCUGAGAGAGAUAAAUCUGAGAACUCAGCAGAGCCUGGGCCGAGCUUCCGCCAGGUGGAGGAUCCACAUUAUCUAAAUCUUGACAAGGCUAAGCUACUCUCCUCCGCAGGAUCCACUUCCUCCUGUGUUUCUCUGUGGAACUCUGACGGGAAGUCGACAAUCCAGUCUUCAGAUGUCAGCUAGUUUACAUAUGGAUUAGCUGGUUAUUUCAGGGUUGAUAUUUACAAAUGUUUAUGCGACAAAUUUAUCGCUUAGCAAAACAAGUUCAAUUGUGAUAUUGUAGGAUUACUUCUUCAAUCGUUGGCCAAUAAUUAUGUGAGAAAUAUAGUGAUUUUUUGUUUGGUGUUUU